UCACGGCAGAUCUGACCGUGGCAGAAGAGUUUACUCUACAAGAAGCUUUAUUUUUCAGUUGCAAAAGAAGACGCUUAUCCACAAUGAAGAUUGUUCUGAUUCUGAUUGGUGCUGCUUGGGUGGUUUGUGCGACGGUGGAAGCUGGUAAAGGAAAAGCCUGUGAUAACGGAGGAACUCACAAGCUACCCUGUACGGCCGAAGAAGAUCAAGAAAUGCAAUGUUUGAAUGGAGGAACGUGUUUCGCCUUGAGAAUUG